AAUAACAAAAUCAAUCCUCCCAAGAAAGAAGAACAAGAAAUCGAAGAGAGAAGGGAAGAAAAAAAGAAAUCCCAUGGCUCCCCUCCCCCUCCCCCUCCCCCUCCUCCCGCAAAACCCCCGGUGAGAAAUCACCCCGCAAAAUCCACCCCGCAACCAUUCCCCUCCCCCCCUCGCGUCGCGUCGGCCGCCGCGGGGGAAAAAAAGAUCCUCCGCCUCCGCCUCCGCCCCCAAUCCAAUGGCGCUCCUCCCCCAAAUCCUCCCCUCCCCUCGCCUCGCCUCCCCCAGCGACGCAUUCCGCCGGGCGCCUCGCGUGCACUCCGCCGUUGCCUCCUCCCCGGGCCGUCGAGGAGGCCGAGGCCGAGGCCGCCUCGCCACCGCGGCGGGGUCGGGGCCGUCGGCGUCGGAGCCGGAGCCGUACCAGCCGCCCGAGUCGGACGACGGGCUGGUGGAGCUGCCGCUGUUCCCGCUGCCGCUCGUGCUGUUCCCGGACGCGACCCACGCGCUGCACAUCUUCGAGUUCCGGUACCGCGUCAUGAUGCACACCGUGCUGCAGACGGACCUCCGCUUCGGCGUCGUCUUCUCCGGCUCCGGGGGCGGGGCGGCCGACGUCGGGUGCGUCGGGGAGGUCGUCAAGCACGAGCGCCUCGCCGACGACCGCUUCUUCCUCAUCUGCAAGGGCCAGGAGCGGUUCCGCGUCGCGCGGGUCGUCCGCACCAAGCCCUACCUCGUCGCCGCCGUGCAGUGGCUCGAGGACCGCCCGCCCGCCGAGACCCCCGCGCCGGGGGAGGACGCCGAGGCGCUCGCCUCCGACGUCGAGGCCCUCAUGCGCGACGUCAUACGCAUCGCCAACCGCCUCAACGGCAAGCCGGAGAAGGACGUCGGGGACCUGCGCCGGGGCCUCUUCCCGACCCCUUUCUCCUUCUACGUCGGCAACACCUUCGAGGGCGCGCCGCGGGAGCAGCAGGCGCUGCUCGAGCUCGAGGACACCGCCGCCCGGCUGCGCCGCGAGCGGGACACGCUCCGCAACACGCUCAACUACCUCACCGCCGCGUCCGCCGUCAAGGACGCCUUCCCCUCGUCGCCGUCGUCGGGAUGAGGUGAAGCCUUCCUCCUCUCCUCUCCUCUCGCCUUUGCCGCCACGAUGAUAAGGAGUUUGUGGAGGGUAUAGGACUAAACUUUCUUAUCACUUUUUUUUUCGCCUUUUAGUUUUUCCUCUUUUUUGUCACAAUUCUACGGCUAGGUUUUACUUCGAUGCAGCUAGCAUUUUAGCGUGUAAAAUUGUACUAUAAUUCGGUGUGUAUUAACUCAAGAAAAAUGUGGGGCUGUGAUGAUGAUCCAUGAUAAUGAUAAGAAUUUUGCUUUCUCAAUUUGAUGCUUCCACCUUCAGGUGUGGAAUAGAAUGUAGUACACUAUUGUGAAUUUUGAUUCGCAAUUCGAAUGGAAUAUUUGAUAGGAUUCUAAUCAUCAG